AUGGCUGUCAGCAGCUGUAGCUUCUUGGCCAUUGCCAUGGCCCUCGCUCUCCUUAGCGGCCACAUGGCCCACGCCGGCCGCCUCCUGGCGGACACCACGGAGGCAGCAGCGCCCACUGCAACGCCUGCCGCUGUCUCGGGCAUCCCCGCACCGAAGCCGCCCGUGCCCACCAUGCCUACAAUGCCACCAGUGCCAACCGUACCCGCGCUCGCCACACCGCAGGUCACAGUGCCGCCGAUGCCGGCCGUGCCCGCGCUCACUGUCCCGCAGCUCACGGCGCCCCCCAUGCCGGCCGUGCCCGCGAUCACCGUGCCCCAGGUCACGUUGCCGCCCAUGCCGGCCGUCCCUGCGCUCACCGUGCCCAAGGUCACGUUGCCGCCCAUGCCGGCCGUCCCCGCGGUCACUGUGCCCAAGGUCACGUUGCCGCCCAUGCCCGCAGUUGUUGUGCCGAAGGUGACGAUGCCGCCAAUGCCUGCAAUUCCAUCCAUCUCCAUCCCCAAGGUGGCAUUGCCUCCGAUGCCUUCCAUUCCCACUGUGAACGUGCCGAUGCCAUUCCUUGCGCCACCUCCUUCAGCAUAG